AUGGCGCGGGUUCCGUGGACGCUGCUCCUCUUAUGCAUCACCGUGUACAGCCCUCUACGUGCGCACAUCACCCGCCCCGGCAUGAAAGUGGGCGUCAUCGGCAUUGGCGGGCUGGGCCAUCUCGCUUUACAGAUCGCGCGGGCCAUGGGGGCACACGUGACUGCCUUCUCCACCUCGCCCAGCAAGGAGGAGGAGGCCAAGAGAAUGGGCGCGCAGCAGUUUGUGGUGUAUGACGCCCAGGCUGCGCCAGGAAAGGGACAUCCAGAGGUGCCCAAGAGCGCGCACGUGGAUGUGCUGGUGAACUGCGCGCCUGUGCUACCUCCUCAAGGCGAUUACAGGAACUUCAUGAGCCUCCUGGGGCCCGAUGGCACACUUCUCCUGACCGGGAUUCCACCAGAUGCUGUCGGGCAGGUGGGCCUGCUGGAUCUGAUUUUCGGGCAGAAAAAACUUGCAGGAUCGGUGGUGGGCGGGCGGAUGCUGUUGAAAGAAAUGUUUGACUUCUGCGCUGCUAACAGCAUCAAGCCCGUGACUGUGACGCGUCCACUGUCGCAGCUGAACGAGGCAAUGGACGCCGUUUUGGCCAACAAGGUCCGCUACCGUGUUGUGCUGCUGACCGAUGCUGAGUAG